UAUUUAGAAGUUAUUUACAUAGGGUUAGGUUUGCAAAUUGUAUUCUUUGGCAGCAACUAACGACUUCUUAAAACCCUUGAAGCUUCAUAUGACCUCAUGGUCGAAUAUGAACGUACAAUACUAAGCAUAAAAUAUAAAUUUUUUAAUUAGUAUUGAAAUAAAAAAAUAAAAAGAACUGGCUCAUGGUCGAAUAUGAACGUACAAUAAUAAGCAUAAAAUAUACAAUUUUCUAAUUAUUAUUGAAAUAAAAAAAUGGCUCAUGCUUUGUUAAUUCAUUUUAAAUAGCAGACUUCGAACUAAUCACUGCUUUAAGUACCAGAGCAAAAUUGAGGUCAGCUCUUCAUUCAUUGCUCUGCAGCCUACCUCCCCAGUUUUUUCUGUUUCUCUCACAAUUCAUAACAUAUUUACAAGCUGCAAGUUCAUUCUUUGUAGAAAAAUGGGCUGCAAGGCAUCAGAUAAGCCGAAGGCAAAGUAUAGAAAGGGAUUGUGGUCACCCGAAGAAGACCUAAUGCUUCGAAGCUACAUCCUCAAAAACGGCCACGGCUGCUGGAGCUACCGUCCCAUAAACACCGGUUUGCAGAGGAAUGGAAAAAGCUGCAGAUUAAGGUGGAUAAAUUAUUUAAGGCCAGGGUUAAAGAGAGGGACAUUUAGCAAACAAGACGAGGAGACAAUCUUGACCCUUCAUCGUAUGUUUGGCAACAAGUGGUCUCAAAUCGCACAGCAUUUGCCUGGAAGGACAGACAAUGAGAUAAAAAACUACUGGCAUUCAUAUUUGAAGAAGAAAGUGGCCAAAGCUGAGGAAAUGGAAGGUCAAACCAAAUCCCAGUACACAAGUACUUCAAGCUCAGAAAUCUUAGAGUGUUCACUAUCUCCCCAAAAGCCCACAACAUGUUUUAAUUCGAGUCACGAAUCAAUGCAAAAAUCACCGCCAUCCGAUGACUUGUCCAAAGAUCAGAGCUGUCAAAGAAGCCCUUUACCAAAGAUUUUGUUUGCUGAGUGGCUCUCCUUAGACCAGGUUGAUGGUGGGAGCUUCGCAAACAACAUCAGUGAUCCCGGGGUUUUGAAGGAAGAAUUUGAUCAUAGUACUACUUCAAAUAAUCUGCAAGCAGAUCAUGCUCUAGGACAUGGUUUUGUGUUGAACGAUGAGGGAAUAUUUGGCAGUGGUUUUCAUCAUGGAAUAAGCCAUCAUCAUGGUUUGGGUUUGGAGAUGAUCAAUUCGCAGUUUAAGUUCGAGGAACAGAUUUCAGGACCAGGGUUUGUUGACUUUGUAUCAGCGGGUGAUUUGUACAGUGAUUUCAACUUGCAGAAUGAUGCAAUGUAUUUUUAUAAAUAGGGAGUCAAAAAUUUA